UUAUUCUGGUCCCCAAUUUGGGUAACCAGCUUUAAUUAGCUGUGACGUAGAAGGUCAUCAACGCAAUUGCAAUAGGAGCUUCCGCCUAAAAAGGAAUUAAAGACGAGACAUGGGAUGCACGACCAGCGCCAUGGUUCUACGAUAUCGACCACCACCAAAUUGCCCUGUCCAAAAAGAAGGUUAUAUUCUAUAUACUGCUUUACAAGGUGGAAUCUGGAAUACUUACUUAUUUAGACUAUACCAAGACAGUACAUUGAUUUGGUAUGGAAGCGGCGGUGAAGAGCUUGGCUCUGUGAGACUGAAGGAAAUAACUCCAUUGAUCGCUAUUGGACAGAACUGUCUAAAUGUUCCAAGGAGACCAGAACUUCCCGCAGGCCAGAGCAUUAAUCGUAUGAUGGCUUACCCCUUUAACUACGCAAGGGGGACGCACCGUAAUGCCAUGAAGAUCAACUGGAUUUUAUACAGAGGGGACGAUGAAAUGCAGCAGUGGAUGCAGGCACUAGGAGCCGUGUUACCACCACCUCCCCAGCCUCAACAAACUGGACAACUCGUCCAAGGUCAGGCUCUGCCCCCAAACUACCAUCUUCAUGUGGUGAAUGGCCAUGUACAGAAUGGCUAUCCACCUGCCCAGCCCAUGUACAACCCCCAACCUAAUGGGUAUCCCGCCCAUACCCAGCAGCAUCCAGGUCACACGACAGUGUUGGUCAAUCAGCACCAUCAUGUGCCUCAACACAAUACCAGCUCUAGUAAUAGUUUUGCUACAGGUCUGCUGCUGGGAGGAGUUCUGGGCGUAGGCUGGUUGGGAUCAUAUCCUUCCCACGGUCAUUUUGGAGGAGGUUGUGGGGGCGGGGGUUGUGGGGGCGGGGGUUGCGGGGGUGGAGGAUGUGGGGGUGGAUGUGGAGGUGGCUGUGGAGGUUGUGGGGGUUAGAUGCAUUGUUAUUCAGACAUCUCUUAAUGUCAAUUGGAUGAAAAUGGAGAUGCUCAACAAUGAAACGUAUUUUGAUUUUAUAGUGUAUUAGCAAACAUUUUGGAUGGGUUUUCUUGUGAUUGUUAUCAAAUAAAAGGCUUAGAUUACUGUGAUUAAAGACUUGCUAAUUUUUUUUAAUGUUUGACAUUCAGCAGUUUUCAUGACAUUUCUUAACACCAACAACCACAUAAUAUACAAAGAUUAAAAGUUGUUUUGAUGAGCAUUAGAUGCAUUAAUGUACAAAGAUGGUGGUUGUAGAUGGAUUUUGAAAUUGAUUUUGAAAUUGAUAAUCGUCAAAGGUUCAGUAAACCUAUGAACUUGAAGUGCAUUUCACAAAUUUCGAUGCUGGCUUUGAAGUUAGAUAUUCGCCUGAAUUUUCUCCUUGGAGAUUAUAGUAGUGCAGUUACUAUAUCUAUUAUUACUUGUUUGAAAUUUGCAUAUUUUUUAUUUGUCUUUGCAGUUUGUUAAUUAAAUUGAUUUUGUUAUGUUAUUCACAUUGAAAAAUUAUAUUUUUGUGAUAUAUGACUUUUGAUCAUUUUAUUGUGUAAUAACUGUUUUACUAAUCCGUCCGUAGAUUGGUCAUUGUAAAGAGAAGACUGUUUAUUCUGUAGUUUAUCCCUAGACACGUUCUGUUCGGUAGACAAAGAUUAGACAAAAUGGGAACUUGUUUUAUUGAUAUAUUUACUCUUGAUGACUGUCUUUACAUUUUAAAGUAAUUAAUGGAAAUAUUUUCUACUGUCCAUUUCAUCGUAAUUUUAGUAGUUCUAGGGACCCCGUUUUAAAGAGACGUUUGAUGUAUACCUCCUGUCGUCUAUGAAUAUAUACAAAGUUGUCCAAUGUUAACUCUGCAUUUAAAACAGUAACAGUUAGGCUGUACCUAGCAAACGGAAAAUGAUUCAUGAUGAGUUAUUAAAGUGUUUUUUGCAGUUUGUGUGUGUGUUGGUAGGGGAUUAAACUUUUCUACAGUUUGUGUGUUUGGGGGAUAUUAAAGUAAAAUUUUCUAAAAUGGGGGGUGGGGGGGGGAUUGAAGUGUUCUACGGCUUUGGGGUAUAUAUCUGUUUGUACAUCUAUAUUUCUAAUGUUUGAAGACUUGUUGUUUUUCCCUCCAUCGAUAUGUGCUGAGAAAUGUACGUUCCAGGAAAAGAGGCGUGAAAUUAAACAGCCUUGUCAAAAUCAACAGAAAGCCACAACAAUAUAUGGAAUCAUUGCACGUGAUGAAACUCAACGUUUCCUGUGAACAGCAGCAUGCCUAUCUUCUGUGAUAUAUAUUUUUUUUUUUUUUACAAAAUACGAGCCACUCUCUUUUAUUGUUUUUUAAAUAAAAUGGUUUAUUUCAAAA